GAGGAGGGAGCACGUGCGAGGACUGGCAGCCGGGCCUGAGGGUCGGGGGUCAUGGAGCCGUUCGGCUGGUACCCGCCGUCCGGGGCCUGGGCGCCCUGGGCGCCUCCUCCUCCUCCUCCUCAUCAUCCUCCUCCUCAUCCUCCUCCUCCUGCUCCUCCUCGUCCUCCCGCCUGGGCCUUCCAGCCGGCCAGGGACUGGUCGUGGCCCCCCCGCCCCCCGCCAGGUGGACAGUGUCAUUUUCCCAAACAGCAGCAAAGGGAUGAAAUGGUGAACGUGGGUUUUAAAAAUCACCCAGGAGGAAAACCAAAACAAAAGAAAAGAAAGGAGCCAGUUUUUACCCAUUACUGUGAUACGUGUGAUCGUGGUUUUAAAAAUCAGGAUAAGUACGAUGAGCAUGUCUCGCAACACACAACGUGCACCGUCGAUGGUUGUAAUUUUAUGGCACAUGAAAAGGUGGUUCAGAUUCAUUGGAGAAAUACUCACGCCCCUGGAACCAAGAGGAUAAAGUUAGAUACUCCAGAGGAGAUUGCAAAAUGGAGGGAAGAGAGGAGAAAGAAUUUCCCGACGAUGGCCAACAUUGAGAAGAAAAAAGCAUUACAGCUGGACAGAGAGCAGAGAGGAGAAGUGUUAACCACCACCCAGUUUGGGAAGAUGAAGGGGAUGUGGCGACCGCCCCAAAACCAAGAGGCCAGAAACCGAAAUGGGAAAUUCAAGAAGAGGCAACAUGCGCGUCGAGGUGGCGGUGGGCCCGCGGCAGGCGAAGCUGCGACCCCGGCCGUCCCCGGGGCGGGGAGGCCCGCCGGCCCGGACAGGACAGGAGGGGCCCUCGGAGCAGACGCGGAGGUGUACGGCAAGGACGUGGACCCCUUGGGGGUGUUGGCUAACAGUGACGCCGAGUCGGACAAGGAGGAGAAGCCAGACGACACCAUCAUCCCCAAGGAAGUGACCUCAGCCCUAGGGUCCCUGAUGGCCAGCUACGGCAGCGCCUCCGAAUCAGACAGCGAGCCCGAGGAAACGCCCAUCAAGACAGAAGCUUGUGGUCCAGGAGAAAAUCAGACCUUCAGCCACAUCCCACAGAGCCAGGAACCGGGGAGCGGGGAGUCUGCUAGAAACGGCCCCAGAGCUCAGCCGGAAAGCCGAAAGAAAAGCUGCGGCCCGAGGAGUCACGGGAAGCGGAAGGGCCCCAACCGGAAAACACCGGGCCCCGAGCCUCGCCGGCGCCGUCCGAUGCUGCUGGAAAUGCUCUUAGCAAAGGACAUCCGGCAUGAAAGAAAUGUGAUUCUACAGUGUGUCCGAUACAUCACCCAAAAUGACUUCUUUGAGCUUCCCUCCAAGCCGGGGCCUCCCGGCAAAACCGAGAGCGGACAAGCCGCCGAUGCUACCACGCGCCCGGCAACGGGUGACGCCGAGGGAGAAAUUGGCGCCCGGGGACCUGACCUGCAUCUGGUAGCCGCCGAAUCUCCGCACUCAGCCGACAGCUGAUCCACAGUCAGAUUCCGUUAGAACGUUUGGAGCCGAGCUUCCUGAGUUGCGGGAAUGUUUGAUGACUCUGUGUACCGUCCAGUUGCACAAGGGAGUGGAAUGAAGAACUGCAGAAAUGCUCAUGGGAACAGAAGAUUUGACGUUUAGGGAGGAGGAGAAGAGUCAAGUGGCAAACGUCGCUAAGCACGACCUGGUGGUUCAGAAAAUUAAAACAAAGGGUUGAGGAGAGGAAUCGAUUCCACCUCCCUCAAGUGGGAAACUAGGGGAACGGUGGGGAUGAAAUUGAGGAAGGAAAGAAGUCUUGCUAGUCAACCUGAUUUUCUUCGAGAAGGAAAUAACUUCUCAUGGGUUAAAUGUGUCAGUGUUAGCCGCCAGUACCAAUAGAACAAUACUGCAGCUCAGUGAAGGGAACACACUGUUGAAAUCCUAUGUAGACGUGAUAGAGGUUUUGCUGCAGAUUGAACCGAAAUGCAGAGUUCGGCAUUGGACUGUUGUUUUUUUUCCUGGUGAAAAAGCAUGUAAGAUGUGGUAUUUAAUGAGGUUCAACUCAUUUUUUUUCCGCAAACGCGGAAAAUAACGUAAGCUUCCCCCACUCCGAGUUGCAAUUGAUUCACUCCCCGUGAAGGCAGUCAUUUUUUUCCUUUAAAAAAAAUGUAUUGUACAAAUAAAAACCACCUUGUCCCCCA